CCGGAAGUGACGCCAGACAGUUCAUAACAGGAAGACAAGUGAAAACUUGAGGAAAUAGUUUUAUAUUGGAUUUAAAAGGCCGCAGUUUGAGUCUGCAGUGUUGUCAUGAGUGUGGACUGGCUCGGCUUCGGCUAUGCGCUGCUGGUGUCAGCAGGAGGAGUCGUGGGUUAUGUCAAAGCAGGAAGCGUGACCUCCAUGGUUGCAGGGCUUGUGUUCGGCCUGUUGGCAGCCAUCGGUUCUAACAUGACAUCUCACAAUCCCCGGAAUUCCUGGCUUUUGCAAGGCACUGCAGGGACUGUGGCCGCAGUGAUGGGACUGAGGUUCCUCGGAUCCUUCAAGUUCAUGCCUGCUGGUUUGAUGACUAUAGCAAGUCUUCUUCUCCUGCUAAAGAUCUUCGUGGGUCGGUCCAGGUUGUCGUCCAAUAACACAUAGACAUACUCAAACAGACUUUUUCAGCUUGUAAAUACUUUUGAUUAUGAAACAACAUUCCCUGCUGUCUUUCUCUAUUACAGUCUUCUAUUAAAAGAUAUGAAAAGAGAGAAAACGCUAUUUGAAAAGUGUUUUUUUUUUUACAGAAUAUUGCU